GGCGCGGCUCGGCGGGCGCCUUCGGGCGGGCUCGGCGGAGUCCGGAUGGAGGACUCGGACUCGGCGGCGAAGCAGCUGGGCCUGGCCGAGGCGGCGGCGGUGGCGGCCGCGGCCGCUGUGGCUGCGGCGGCCGCGGCCGCAGCGGGAGGCGAGAGGGAGGAGCCGGUGCUCAGCAGGGACGAGGACUCCGAGGAGGACGGAGACUCGGAGGCGGAGCGUGAGACGCGGCGCGUGACGGCCGUGGCGGUGAUGGCCGCCGAGCCUGGGCACAUGGACAUGGGCGCCGAGGCCCUGCCGGGCCCUGACGAGGCCGCCGCUGCCGCCGCCUUCGCAGAGGUGACCACGGUGACAGUGGCCAAUGUGGGCGCUUCCGCCGACAACGUCUUCACCACGUCGGUGGCGAACGCAGCCUCCAUCUCAGGACACGUUCUGUCGGGCAGGACAGCCCUUCAGAUUGGGGACAGUCUCAACACUGAGAAGGCCACUCUGAUUGUCGUCCACACGGAUGGGAGCAUUGUGGAGACCACCGGGCUGAAGGGCGCUGCGGCCCCUCUCACCCCAGGUCCUCAGUCCCCUCCAGCCCCAUUGGCUCCUGGCCAAGAGAAAAGUGGGACCAAGUAUAACUGGGACCCCUCGGUGUAUGACAGCGAGCUCCCCGUGCGUUGCCGGAACAUCAGUGGUACACUCUACAAGAGCAGGCUGGGCUCAGGCGGUCGAGGCCGCUGCAUCAAGCAGGGGGAAAACUGGUAUAGCCCGACGGAAUUUGAAGCCAUGGCAGGAAGAGCCAGCAGCAAGGACUGGAAAAGAAGCAUCCGCUAUGCAGGACGCCCGCUGCAGUGCCUCAUCCAGGACGGGAUCCUGAAUCCUCACGCUGCAUCCUGCACCUGUGCGGCCUGCUGUGAUGACAUGACCUUAAGCGGGCCAGUCAGACUCUUUGUCCCUUACAAACGACGCAAGAAGGAAAAUGACGUGCCAACGACCCCUGUCAAGAAGGACUCUCCCAAAAACAUCACGCUGCUCCCUGCUACAGCCGCCACCACCUUCACCGUGACCCCUUCAGGACAGAUCACUACCUCUGGUGCCCUGACCUUCGACCGAGCGUCCACUGUGGAGGCCACAGCCGUCAUAUCAGAAAGUCCAGCCCAGGGUGAUGUCUUCACUGGAGCUACAGUGCAGGAAGCAGGCGUGCAGCCCCCGUGCAGGGUCAGCCACCCUGAGCCCCACUACCCCAGUUACCAGGACAGCUGUCAGAUGACGCCCUUCCCGGAAGCUGCCCUGCCCACGUCCCACCCCAAGAUAGUGCUGACGUCACUGCCGGCCCUGGCGGUCCCGCCCUCCACGCCCACCAAAGCUGUGUCUCCCACCGUGGUCAGCGGGCUGGAGCUGUCGGAGCAGCGGAACUGGCUGUACCUGGAGGAGACGGUCAACUCCCUGCUCAGUACGGCCCAGCAGCUGAAGGCAUUGCUGGAACAGGCCAAGCAGGCCAGCUCCUACCGGGAGGCUGCCGUGACCCACGCCAAGGUGCAGGCCGAUGCUGAACGCAAAGAGCAGUCCUGUGUCAACUGUGGCCGGGAGGCCCUGAGCGAGUGCACCGGCUGCCACAAGGUCAACUACUGCUCCACCUUCUGCCAGCGCAAGGACUGGAAGGACCACCAGCAUGUGUGUGGCCAGUCGCCAGCAGUCACUGUCCAAGCAGAUGAGGUCCAUGUUGAUGACAGCGUCAUUGAGAAGGUCACUGUAUGAGG